AUGGAGUCUAAAGAUGAUAUUCUUCCGGAGAUCUCACCUCUCGUGGAAACACCGGACUCGGAAGUGAAAUCGGUCAAUGGUGACAGUACUGUUCACGAACUGGGAGAAGAUUCAACCAUCUUCGCUGCUUUCAAAAGAUGGCUCGAUGAUUUGCUUUGGAAGAAGAGUCUUCCCCCUCCGGCCCAGGGACAUGUUGAUGGAUGGCCGGAGCCGCUGUUGGCCAAUUGUGACAGUAACGAAUUGACGCCUCACUAUGGCUUGCAGGAUUCGCAAUGGGAACAACUGUCGGGACGCUCAUCACAUCUGGGGGUAGUCAAAACAGCGAGCUACACUAACCAGAGUGUUGGAAGAUCAAGGGGCAAUACUCAAAGCACCACUAAUCAGAGCCUAUAUUCGGGCGCACGAGACUCAAUAGACGGUAUUGAGCCCAUCCUGAGCUCUUCGAUAUCUGAGACAAUAAUUGUCCGCGCACUCGAGAGGCGUCAAAAGCUUAGGGAGAUCAUCAGUACGGAGGCUGAUUACGUAUUUGGAAUGAAAGCUCUUGCUGAUGUGCUUCAGAUUUGCUCUGUGCGACCUCAGAUAUAUCGCAAUGUUCAAAAAAUCCGCGAAAUACAUCAAACCUUCCUGGAAAAGGCUCGUGCCGUGAACCCACAAUGCGUCUCUGCUGCUUCUGAAAUCGAUAGGCUGUUUCCUCAAGGAGUUUCCAGAGGCGUGCAGGCAAUUGACUCCAACCGCUUCAAGAGCCUUCACAGGAGAUCACUAAGGAGGCAGGGCCUCAAGGCAUCAAUCACUGCUCGCGUCAACGCGCUGGGUGCACAAGGCUCGGAGGCCUCCGAAAUCGCGCAAGAAAUCGCGAACAUGUCCCUAUCAUUCACCUUAUAUGAAGAUUUUUGCCGCAACUACGAGAUACUAAUGCAGGAUGUCACUCUGCUGAAGAGGUCAGUACCAGACUGGGAGACCUUUGAGGCUGGCAUCGAGGCUCUUUCAAAGUCUGUUACAUCCUUGGAAAAUAAGCCAUUAAAAGAUAAUCGAUCAAUGUCAUUGAACGAUCUCCUGAUAAAGCCAGUCCAGCGCCUUUGUAAGUACGGAUUGUUCCUGCAGGAGCUUCUAAAAUGCACGCCCAUCCACGAUGACCCGGCAUCGCAUGGUAAAAUCAAGGAAGUUCAUGAGGCCAUUCAUCCCAUACUUGAUCGAGUUGACGAGGCUACCGGAAAUCCAAAUAAAAAAGAUCUCAUUGACAAGACCAUGAUGCUAGCAGAGAGAUUGAAAUUACCUAAAUCUGGUAAACUACACGACAUCUACCGGCAGUUGGGUCCGAUGACUCUUUGCGGUGUCCUCCAUGCGACGUAUCAACAAUCGAACUAUGUGGCAGGCGAAUAUAUGGUCUGCAUUCUGUUUGACAGUUAUCUUGUACUUGCCAGUACAGGAUUUGGCCGUCCGAAACUCCAGGCUGUGGCAUGCUUAUACAUCAGUGAUGUGAGGAUUGACACCUUACGUAACGGAAUAGGACUAUGCUGCUACGGGUGUCUAUUCUCAUGGAAGCUCCUCUUCGAGCAUGGUAACGGCAAAUUCGAGGUGGUUCUGAGCGCUUCAUCGGCGAAUGAAGAAAAGCAAUGGAAGACAGAGAUACUCAAAGCGGCUGCGGCAUUGAGCAAGAUGUCUACAGAUGUACCGUUAGAACCGGAGCCGCGAGAAUACUCCUUCCUUACUCUUGAAGUGCUGCCAUUAGACUGUGACCCACGUCUAGCACCUGUGUUAUCCCGAACUCCUUCCGUCCAUUCGAUGGCGACUUCGGUGAGAAAGACGAAUAUGAAGCAUGUCAUGAUCCAAAAGACGCACAUGCCAGGAGCGACAGCAGCUGAGAUGAAUGGAGAAAUUGAACGUCCUCUGCUGAUUCCCCAGACCGAAGUAGUGGUCCUGACAACCCGAAGACAAGACCGGGUUGACUUGGAAGAUCUCAUUUCCGACAUCUACACACGGAGCUCGCUUCCAUUUCCUGGAAUGGAGUUGACCACCGGCAAUAAACUACGCAGACCGGGCACAAUAAUAAAGCGACUCGUAUAUGGGGCAAGUAUAUCACGACGUUCCAGCUCUGGAGCUCUUCCGACUGCCAGGCGGUCCGCUACUGAGCUUUAUCCUUCAACGAGGAGUAUCAAAGAUGGACAGAGUAUCUCUAGUGAAAAAGGCAGAUGCGAUCAAUCCCGACCUGGGUCCGAAUUUGAUGAUGAGAGGGGGGAGUCCACGGUGAAGGACAGCAUUGAAACCAUUCAGCGCAUUGAAGGGGUCAAGUUUGAGGGCAAUCCCAAGUGUGCCUCCAAUGAUGAUCUGACUUUGCGAGGUAAGGGACUCUCCGACCAACUCGCUAGGAUGUCAGUCCGAGGCUUCAUCAAUUCGAUAUCUCAGGGGAGGUCUAAGAGACGAUCGCGGCUUGGGUUGAGUAUGGAUAGUGGACUGUGA